CAUUGGAAAUAAAGUGAGGAGAAAGAAAAGAGAAAUGUGACCGAGAUGGGGCAGUUGGCAGAGGACGGAAGCUGAUAAAAAAAAAUGAGAGAACAAAGAAAUCGCGACCAAGAGGAACAAACUGUGGAGGCAGCUUUACUUUUUGGGCUGUGGAAAAAACUUCCAGGGCAUCUUAGUCGCUGGAAUAACAUGGAGCAGUCUGCAUUGUUGCAAAGGGCUUGCAAAAGGAGCAAAUAAUCUUGUGGCUGCUGCCCAUGCUGAAGGGAAAAAGCGAUCCUGUGAGCAAGAGCGAGGAGGAAACUGCCUGCUGGAGACUGCAACAUUUCAGUAGCAAAGUGUGCUCCAAAGUUCUUUCCAGGAUCCCCUGGGCUGCAGCUCUUGGUGGGGAGAACCCCCAUCCGGGAAGGUUGCCCUAGCUCUCACCCCUUGCCCCUCCCACACAUGCUUUGGGAUUAUAGGUCAUUUUUGAACAAACAACAAAACUAGCGGAUUUCAGAGUGAAAUUCCGGAGGAAAUUUAAAGAGCAUCCGGAUCCGGAGAAAAAGAGAGAGAGAAAGAGGAAGGAAAAUAUAAAUAAAAACGUGGAGUGAAUCUAAGGCAACCAAAGAAGGGACGAGGAGAAAGAAACUGACACUGACGUGGAGAUGGGGAAAUGAAUCACUGAGGAGACCAAACCAAGAUCUAGGAAGCUGCUGGAAGACUGAUGCAUACUAACUUCACUAUCUAAUAGUCUGUCCAGCCAUUACUAACCAAUGUCAGCAACUAGGAUGUAUCAGCUCGAAUUCAAGUUCACCUGCUCAGGCUCCUGCCUGCAAUGGCCAGUACUUGAAGUUUUAAAGGAAUUCCGAAAAAGACCUCGAGCCUUAAUGCACCUGGCCUAUUGUGUCACAGAGACAAAUGCCUUCCUGCUGUGCUCAAGUCAUAUCCUGAAGCCUGAGAUCUGGGUUUAGCUUGUAUAUUUUUGGUCAUAAAAUCCAGCCCUGGCUUGUGGCUCACCAGCCUUCUGCAGCAGCUGAUUCCAUGCUCUGGCAGUAGGAGCAGCCAAUCUUCAGCACUCGGGCCCACGUUUUUCAGAUCGACCCAGCCACAAAGCGAAACUGGAUCCCUGCUAGCAAACAUGCCCUGACUGUCUCUUACUUCUACGAUGCCACGCGCAACGUGUACCGGAUCAUCAGUGUGGGCGGCACCAAGGCCAUCAUCAACAGCACCAUCACCCCCAACAUGACCUUCACAAAAACCUCCCAGAAGUUUGGACAAUGGGCGGACAGCCGAGCCAACACAGUAUACGGGCUGGGCUUUGCCUCGGAACAGCACCUCUCCCAGUUUGCGGAAAAGUUCCAGGAGGUGAAAGAAGCAGCCCGUUUGGCAAGGGAAAAAUCGCAGGAUAAAACGGAGCUGACCAAUCCUGCCCUGAACAUUACGUCUCACCAGGUGCUGCCCAGCACCGUCAUCAGCUCCAAUGGGCCGGGAGACGAUAAGCUGUUCCGGAGCCAGAGCGCCGACGUCGAGAUAACAACGGAGAAGGAGCGGCUGAAGAAGAUGCUCUCUGAAGGCUCGGUGCCUGAGGUUCAGUGGGAAGCUGAAUUCUUCACCCUCCAGGACAACAACAACAAGCUGGUGGCUGCCCUGCAGGAAGCCAACGCCAGCGUGGAGCAGUGGAAGAAGCAGCUGGCCGCGUACCAGGAGGAGACAGAGACGCUGCGGCUGCGGGUAGCUGAACUGGAGCUGCAGAGAGCCCACGAUCCCUCCAGUGAGGGCAGCAAGGAGGAGCUGAGCCAGACGCUGGAGGAGCUGGAGCUGCUGAUCAAGGCUAAAGACGAGGAAAUUCAGCAGCUGAAGAGCCAGAAGAGUGGCCAGUGGGAGACGGAGGGGGAGCGCGAGGAAAUGCUGCAGAAGCUGCAGGAGCUGGAGGGACGCAGCGCGGAGCUGGAGCGGCGUUUGCGCGUGGCCGAGCGAAGCCUGGCCGAGCAGCUGGCCGAGAGGGAGAAGACGCAGGGCGAAGUCGCCAAGGUGGGCGAGCUAAUGGAUGUGAAGAUUUUUGAGCUCAGCGAGCUCCGGCAGGGACUUGCCAAGCUGGUGGAAAGCAACUGAGCAGCCCUGGCCACAGAGACGCCUUCCGGGAGGGGCAGAGCCCAGCUGGGGCCAGUCGCAAACUGCAGCAGGGCCGUGGAAUUGGGACCUGGCGGGUCCAGCCACAAACCAACAGCUGCCUGCAGCUGUGCGUGGAGACUGGCCAGAGCCGCCUGCUCUGCAUUGAGGGCAGACGUGGUGCCAGUGGGCAGCUGAACUGUGGGGGGUUUCCGCCCAAGGAGUGUCCAUGAGUCAUGUCCAGGCCUCUCUGGAUCCUGCCCGGUGGCAUGGCCCAGAGGUGGCAGGGUCUCCCCAUGCUGCUCAGUGACACUACUCUCCUGGCCUCACUCGCUAACGCCUUUCCCUGACGUCUUUACAGAAGGAAACGCUCCUUUUCUAGAGACAGGGCUCACCUGCCUGCCCAUUUUUCAGUAGUUUUUAUAGGGAACCGCUUGCUUCUUGAGAACCCAACUGCCUGGCUCCUCCUUCCCAGCCCCAGGAGGCAGUGGCCUAUCACACCAUGGGCAGUAGUUGCUCCUUCUCCCCCUUCCCAACCGCACUCAUGUCCCAUCUUUUUAAGAGACUCCGAUCACUUUUUAUUCACUGUCAGGGGCUUCCUAUUGAUCCCCAGGGCAGGAGCAGCUCCUUACCUGGCCCCAUUCCCCUGUGGCUGCCCAGCCACACCCUCCAGUGGGGAAGAAGUUGCAGGAUUUCAAGAUGUUUUUUAUUUUAAGGCAGUGGGUUUUCAUCCUUUCCGAAGCUGCUUUAAGCUGGGAGGAGCAGGCAGUGCUGGGGAGGAGAUUAGGGUUUGAGAAACGGGAUUGCUUGGGGGGUGACCAGCCAACCGCAGAGCUGGCGUCUGUCCAGGUUCCAAGGGCUGCCACUCACAUGAGUUAAAUGCAGCAAAUCCCAGGUGCUUUUGUUGCCUCUUGGGAAGCGUGGUCCAGGGGAUAGCAGGCCACACAAGCCACAUGGCCUCUGGAGGGUGCAGGCCCCCAUGCUCUGCUCCACCUUGAGCUGCACAGCUGGAUGCAGCUAGGACGCUGGCUGUUUGGAGCACAUUGGGCCUGGGCUCCCUAGGGCUGCGGGACAUUUGUGGGUCCUUAUGGGUGUUGCCAAGUGAUGUAAAUCCAACAAGGCCUGUAGGAGGAGGAGCUGUUACACCCCUCCAUCCCCACCCCCUGGGCCCUGUGGAGCCCACUAGUUGCGUCAUAGCAUGUUUAGCCUGUGUCUAAUGAGGAAGCAGCGUGUGUAGACGUAGCCGGUUGCUCAGAGGGUCCAGGGCCGGGUCUGUUUUUUAUUUUUCUCCUUGCUGCCGUAAGUGUAGUGUAGACAGACGUAAUAACUGGAGAAUGUUUCCAUGGGCUUGUAGAGAUGCUGCAGAAUCUGCCUAAAACUCCAGCAACCCCAGCAGCCAAAUCCUGCUUUCUGCCACAGGGUCAGAUCCUCUGUCUGCGUGUACCUGGGUGAAAAGCGUAACUCAGAUGGGGAUGAGCCGCCUCUCGCUCACGCCCCCAGCACGAGAAGGGGUUUCAGUGUGAAACUGAUGUGAAGGGAAGUGAUUGCUCUGAUUUCAGUGGAUCUGCCUUUGCACCUAACUGCCUCAGGGCUCCCUUGAACCCCAACCCCUGUUUACCCCUGUGUAACUGAGACAGGCAUUUGGCCUGUUGUUUUCCGUAAGGGCAAGAGCAGGCGCCAGGGAGAUCCUGAAGUAGGUGUCUAGGUUAGGCUGGCCCCCUCCCUCUCUUUCAAAGCUUAGGAGUUGUGGGGAAAUGUAGAUUUCUGAACCUGCACAGCCAGGAGAACUUUUUUGCAUGAGCUGCUCCCACGCCUGUGUGGGGGCUAGAGCUAGCUGUAACGUGUGCCGCCCGCAGGAUGUUCACUGUAUGUGUGGGGGGAGACAAGAGUGGCUGGGGGUACGUGCAGCGCUGGGUUCCGGGUCUGGAGGCCCCCUUGGAAAAUAAGAGAUCAGCAGCAGGAAAGGUGCAUUCACUCUGGUUCUGCUUCAUUGUGGAGCGGCGCUGGGUUAAGGAGGCAUCUCCUCUGCGUGUUGUCAGCCACUCACCCACCCCCAGGUCCUGUCUGUGUCUCGCCCCACAUGCAAACUACCAGGAGAAGGGGCAAGUUAAAGGGACUGGGUCUGACUUCCCACCACUAUGUCCUCCAUGUCUCCCUGCCCAGCCUCUCGCUACCAUGUGACCGGUGGCGAGAUGGGAGUUUCCCAGCAAUCGGGGCUGGCUGAACUGGCUUGAGCAAUGCCAGACUGAGUCAGCUCCCUCAAGCUGAAAGACGGGGAGGUGCUGAGUGGAGCAGGACUGAUUCUGAGUGGGAAUGGAGCUGCCACAAGCCACAGCACGGCGCUCAGCUGAGACUGCAGCUCUGCCCGGUUCCCACCCGCCUUGCUCACCUGUGCGCUUGCUCGCCCAGACUUGUUGCUGGCAGCAGCACUGUCAUUAGCCAGGGUUUGUAAUGACCCUUUACAUCUUGCAACCACAGCCCCAGUCACUCCCGCUGUAACGCCCUCAGCCCUCCAGCCGAGGCUAAUUUGGCUCAUUGACUGACUGAAGGCGGGAGUGUGGCAGGGGCUCCAGUCACGCAGUGAUGUUACAAACACAUGGACAGGAGCCAUGGGCAUGGCCAACUCUGAGCUCCAGCCUGCACUUGGCCUAGCUUCCCCUGCCAAACACGGCGCAGGAGUCAUUUGUCUCAGGCUCACGCUCCAGCCAGGACCUUAUUGGCUCCGGCCUGCUUCCCUUGGCUGCAGCUGCUGCUGCUUUCCUUCCUUCUGUCCUGUAGAGACGCAGCGCCAUGCACUGUCACCGUGCUGCCACAUCCAGCUGUGUCACGGGGACCAGGACACUAAAGAGCUGGGCAUGGUGAGUCAUGGCCAAGGAACUGCCUGAAGGCAGGAAGGGGCAGGCUCUGCCCUGUCUGCCUGCGAGGGGACGGGAGAAUAGGGCCCUAGAACUUGUUAGCUUGCUGAUUUCAACCAUGUGAUGUUAAGGCUGGGCCCUGAAUCAACCAAAUCCAUUCUGGGGCUGGGUCCCCAUUGUACCCCCGUGCCCCUGGAGGAGCCUGAGGCUCUCAGACACCGAGGCUCCAGUUAAACAAGGCAGAUUAACAGAAAACCCCUCAUGCUCCAUGUAAGGACACACCCCACGCUCCUCAUCUGAUCUCACUGGGUGGGCAAUGGCUAGCACUGGUUUGGAGGCCUGAGCAGAGUCGGAGGCACAAUGCUUCUCCAGCAUCUCACUGCCCGGCGAAGGCACCUCUUCUGGCGCUGCAUUGCCCAAGAGCGGCUGGCUACACCCAGGGUCCCAGGCACAAGUCCCUGCCAAGCCUGGCUCAGCCCCACGACUGCUGCAGCAGCCACACUGCAGUGGGCGAGGCUCCGGGCUGCCCUGUGAUGCUGAAACAGCACCAGCCCCAGCUGCCUUCCAAGAACUCUACACUGCUGGUGCCAUGUCCAGCACUCCAAUCCAGGACGUAGCACCGCCGCACGGGUGCAACCAGGGCUCCCGCCCCACAGACCAGACCAGGGCAAUGGGCUGGGGCUUGUUGGAAUGGGGUGUUCCCUCCACACUGCUCACUGCGGGGUGCCCCCUCUGGGCUGGUGGGGAGCAGAAAGCCCUGAGCUGCAGCUGUUAGAGUUCAAUAGGUUUCCACACGACCAGCCUACAUUUUGGCCAUGACAUCACGACUCACUUCCUCCCCUGCUCCUGGGAACACCCCUGCCUUACAGACCCAGCGACCCAGCCUGCAACACCAAGCGAUGGGGAGCUGCAAGCUCCCUGUGGGACGGACCUGUCAGCAUCCAGGUGGGGCAGGCCUGGGACCGCACUGCCCCCAGAGAAAUGAGCAACCCCAGGGUGCCAAUUCUCCCUUGCUGUGACACUUGUGAGGGGGUGCCAUCGCCCUGUCACACAUGCCCCAUGAACCGAUUUACUGGCUCUCAAUCUAAUUCUCUAGCCGUGGACGCCUCUGGCUGAGUUGCCCAACUGCCUCCUCACUAGGGCAUGUCCGCAGCCUGUGCUCCUGCCCGUGUCUGCCUGAGAGCCAGCAGAGUUUUUUUUUGGGGGGGGGGGGGGAGGCAUGCGGCACACUGUAUGGUCAACCCUGACCAGCCUGUGCUACGCCACUCUGCUCUCCAGUUGUUAGGGCCCCAGCGAGAGCACAAGCCAGUUUCCUUUAUGCUCAUUUCCCCACGGCUGCUAUUUGCAAUUGCCAGAGUAAUCUGGAAGAGCAGCUUUUCAAUCUGCUCUGCCCUGUCGCCCAUGUUCAUUAAAAGCCUUUUACUGAGGCGGUGCAGGGCCAGCAUGGGCUGGAUGACUCUGGGGGGCCCCUCCCUUUGCAAUCCUCGGCUCUUCCAAAUCAACAAACCCCACUGAUCACCAGCUAGUUCCAGAAAGGCCCUAAAUCCAGAGGAGACAGCCGCAUGGCAGCUGGGUGCAGCAAGCACGGCGUGGCUCCACCCCACUCAAAUGAAGCACUGACUCCGGGAUCUGUUAAGACAGCCCCCUCCUAACACCAACCCACACUUCCCAGGCCCGGGAAGCACUCCCAUUUCAGCACCCACGAGAAACCCGAGGGGUUCCCCCAGACUUCCGUCUCCAUCGCUUUAAAAUCACUUCCUUAUGCAAACAGCAGCCGGUGAACUGCAACGCGGCCGCUUUUAUUGUUGCGUCUCUUGCCCACUGGCAAUUAUUGUCAAGCAGCCCAAUAACAGUAGCUUUGCUGCUGGCAGGAGGAGUUCUGCUGACUGCAGAUAACUCAGUGCGUUAGAUGCAUCUGCCGGCAAAUGGGCUUCUUAAUUAUUUAGGAGGCAAUGCAUGUAAAGCGCAGCCUGAGCAGUGAGUGGGGUGGGGGGGCUGUUUGUGAGAUUAGCCUGGGCAAAAAGAAUCUUCAAGGUCUUCACACCUAAAGAUCGGGGUUGGGCUUCCCCCAGGUAAUUCACUGAGCAGCUCCCACUGCCUGCGGGGGGUUUGGACACCAGACUCCCCACAAAGUCCCAGUCUUGGGCAGCUGCCUGUUUUCAGAUCUCCCACUGGAUUCUGAGGUGCUAGGUUUGGAGCCCUUCCCUCCCCGCCCCCAUCCCAACUCACCCGCCUGUAAGAGUUCUGGUUGAAACGGUUACAUUUGUGGAACAAAGAGCUGCUGUGUGAUUCGUCUUUCCGAGACAUGGCCGUGCAGCCGCAAAGGGCAGUGGCAGGGAGAGCAGCUGCUUCAAGAAGUCAAACGUGCACAGACGAGCGGCUGGCAGGUGGUUUGUUAAUGUCCCACAUUCUGAAUUCUUUCUCACAGUCUGACGUUACCCUCGUUUUAAGAUGUGUUCAGAGGAAGGCCACAGUCCCCCAAGGCUCCUCCAGCCCUGUUGUCCAUGUGUCAGGAUUGUAAGUGUGUCAGUCCAGUUCUGUGUAACACUCUCCCCUUGCACAAGCAUCUGACGACUAGCAGGUUGCCAGGUCAGAUGUGCUGCAGUUGGGAGUCUUGGUUGCUACCCUGAUGUGAUGCACAGUGCGAGUCUCUCACGCCCGUCUGCUUGGGUGAAGGAAUUAAUACAGAGAAGCCUUCUGGCCUGUGUGAUACAGGAGGUCAGACCAGGUGAUUGAAAUGGUCCCUUCUGGCCUCAGAAUACACCUGGCCUAGCCCGAGGGACAUCCAGUUUGUCACUCUGGGGGACAGCAAGCAGGAACCCUCAGCAAAAGGACAUUUCCCCACUGGAGCACAUCCUGCAGCAGAUGUCAAUGCAGCAUGCCCACGGUGCGCACACAGCCUGGGCAUCUGAGUCUGACACUGUAGCUGGCCACAGCUCAGAAGAGCAGACACGACUCCUAACUGCUCUGCCACUGACUCAUUCUGCAACCAUGGGCGAGUCAUUUAAACCUCUCUAGGCUUCACUUUCCCAAGCUGUACAAAGGGGUAAUCGUCCCCCAGGGGUACUGUGGCAUGCUUGGUGAUCCGUGAGGGACAUGGCUCUGGCCAGGCACAAGUGUCAGAACACCUCGCCCAUGAAUAUGAUUUACCAGAAGGAACAAAAGGUUUAUGCUCCCAGCAAUGCCCUACGCCCGUGACCAGGCAAUGACCCAGCCUAGCACCCCCAUUUCAUAGGCCCUCGUGGCACAAAUCCUUUAGCAGCUCCAUGUUGGGCCUGCAUUAGUGUGACCAUGGGCUGCUCCGAUUGAAUCCUGGAAUGAGGUGAGGGGACCCAGCAGGGAUUAACCUGCCAAGGGAGCUGCAGCUGGGUGACUAAUUAAACAGCAUCACGGAUGGUGACCUAGCCCCCUCCCCCCGUCAGGGCUGGAGAGAUCAGCUGCUCUGCCUCUGAGGACAUGGGUUAUUUUUAGUUUGGAGCUGGUCUGUUUACACUUCCCAGCUAGGGGGAAAGUUUCCAGUUUAAAGCCUUCACCCUCCCCUUCCCUCCCCAGGAGGACAAUGGGCUGAGAGGAGGCAGUUAAAUGUGCAUAUUGGAAAAUGUUCAGAUACACACAAUAAAAGCAGAGCCUCCAGCGAGGUUUGCCAUCCCCUUUCCUGCA